AUGCUUCGUACAUUAACCUACCGCUCGCACUUCCUGCCGCGUGCUGCGCACAGCGUACGCGGCUUCGCGAGCACAAUGGCUGCGCGCAAGAUUGCGGUCGCGAACCCUGUCGUCGAGCUCGACGGAGACGAGAUGACGCGUAUCAUCUGGAAGAAGAUCCGCGAGGAGCUCAUUCUUCCCUACGUCGACCUGAACAUCAAAUACUAUGACUUGGGACUGGAGUAUCGCGACAAGACAAACGAUGAGGUCACGGUCGAGUCUGCGAAGGCCAUCCUCAAAUACAACGUCGGCAUCAAGUGCGCAACAAUCACGCCCGAUGAGGCUCGCGUGAAGGAGUUCAGCCUCAAGCAGAUGUGGCGCUCGCCGAACGGCACCAUUCGCAACAUCGUGGGCGGCACCGUCUUCCGCGAGCCGAUCAUGCUGCAAAGUAUCCCACGACCUGUCCCAGGAUGGAAGAACCCCAUCUGCAUCGGCCGCCAUGCUUUCGGUGACCAGUACCGCUCGACGGACUUUGUGGCGCCAGGACCUGGAAAGCUGCAGCUCGUGUACACUCCGCCAAACGGCGAGCCUACCGUGAUGGAUGUCUAUGACUUCCAGGGAGGAGGUGUCGCCAUGGCCAUGUACAACACCGACGAGAGUAUCACUGGCUUCGCGCAUUCUUCAUUCAAAAUGGCGCUGGCGAAGAAGAUGCCGCUCUUUAUGUCGACGAAGAACACGAUCUUGAAGAAGUACGACGGGCGCUUCAAGGAUAUCUUCCAAGACAUCUACGAGUCCACAUACAAGGCAGACUUCGAAGCCGCCGGUAUCUACUACGAGCACCGUCUCAUCGACGACAUGGUUGCGCAGGCGCUGAAGAGCUCUGGCGGCUUCGUCUGGGCGUGCAAGAACUACGAUGGCGAUGUCCAGAGCGAUAUCCUCGCGCAGGGCUUCGGCAGCUUAGGUAUGAUGACGAGUGAACUGCUCACUCCCGACGGUCUCACGAUCGAGUCCGAGGCGGCCCACGGCACGGUAACGCGUCACUAUCGCGAGUACCAGAAGGGUAAUGAAACCUCCACCAACCCCGUCGCCUCCAUCUUCGCCUGGACUCGCGGUCUGAUUCACCGCGCGAAGCUCGACAACAACGCCGCUCUUGAGGCCUGGGCGAAGGACCUUGAGGCGGCCUGUGUUGAGGUCAUUGACGGAGACGGCGUGAUGACCAAGGAUCUUGCCCUCGCCAUUCACGGAAAGGCCAUGAAGCGCGAGCACUGGGUCGUCACGGAUGUGUACAUGGACGCUGUGAAGUCCAAGCUUGACUCGAAGCUCAAGGCUCGCAACGCGAAGUUGUAG